AUGCCAGCGACAGAAGCCGAAUAUCAAUCAAGACACCAUGUUCCGGCCCGCCAACCGACUGCGAUCAUGCCUCGAGCUCAGGAAGAGCGCCCGCAGAGGCUGGUCAAGCGGUACCGCACCGAGAUCGCCGCAAGCACCUCGAGCAUGUUUUCCACCGUCGUUGCAUUCCCUCUCGAUAGCGUGAAGACGCGAAUGCAGACCUACCGGUACGAGGGUUUCCUCGACUGCGUGAGGCACACGUACCGCACCGAGAAGCUGAGAGGCUUCUUUCGGGUAUUGAUCGCAUCGCUAACCUUCUUCCGCGUCCCCCCUUCCGUAGGCGUGCUCGCCCCAAUGGCCAGCAUCACUCUCGUACGGACCAUGUCCUUUUCGAUCUACCAGCGGGCCAAGUACAGCUAUUCUGGCUGGAUAAAAAACGCCUUGGGAUUCGACGUCGUGCAGCACGUCAACAAGAAAGGCACCUACCCCAACCUUUACUCGAUUGCCUGCUUUGGAGCGGCCGGCGCUACGGCCGGCUCGUGUAUCACGCUCCUUGCCUGCCCGUUUGAGUUGACAAAACUCAGCGCGCAGGUGUCUGUUCUGCUGUCGGACCAGCAAAAGCUCAAGGAGGCCAACUGCCGCGCCACCAAUGGCCACCAGGUCGCGGCCAGCUACCAGAACAAGGGUACCUUCAAAACCAUGCGAAACAUCAUCCGCCAUAGGGGUGCUUUGGGGCUCUACACUGGCUUCAACUUGCACUUGUUGCGAGAUACGCUGGGGACGGCCAUAUACUUCAUGGUUUACGAGAGCGGGAAGCAACUCGGAACCACGUUUGGUGGCGACCAUCCAACGACCAAUAAGUUAUCGGUUGUUAUCUCGGGGGGUCUUUGCGGAAUAGUAUCCUGGGCAAUGAUCUACCCCAUCGACUCGGCAAAGAGCAUCUACCAGCGGAACUCUCUCCUGUACUCCAAGGGGCAGCAGGUUGAGCCGCCUCCCAAGAUUGAAUUCUUCAAACGACACAUGUAUCGCGGGCUCGGCGUGUCCAUGGGACGCUCGUGCGCUGUGAACGCCAUCUUUUUUUCGGCCUUCGAAUUCAUGAAGAAGCACGUCAACUCUCUGGAUGAUAACUAA